GUUCUUAACCGAUACGGUCUGUUAACAAAUUUCUUCUUCUUGCUAAAACCCUUCAUGGAAGAACCACAGAAAAUGGUGGCGUUGAAGAAGGCGUACGCGGACAUAAUUUUGAACACCGCCAAGGAGGCGGCAGCGACAGUGAUGAUGUCGGAGCGCAAAGCGGUGCAUUUUGAGAUGGAUCUGAAUCGAACCAAAGACGAGGCGCUUCAUCUUCUUGUGCGUUUGAAACAGAUGAUCGACUCUAAGACAAAGGAAGCAGAGAUAACAUCCUCGACCAAACAAAGAAAGAUUGAUGAGCUUGAAGCACAACUCUGUGAGGCUGAGGAUGUUAUAACAGAUCUCAGAUCAGAAUUGAAAUGGGUUAGAGAUAAAUUGGAGAGAGUGAAAAGUAAUCAAAAGCCUCUGAAUGGACAAUUCACGGAGGUAGAUAUGUAUUGUCAUGAAAAUGUGACAGUUGAGCCAUCUCUUCCCUCUAUUUUGAGCUCAGGAUUUGCGACUGUGACUGCUUCUGACGUGGAGAAUCCAUUGAAUCAACAAAUUUUGGAUAAUAUGUCCUGCAGUGGAACUCAACAAACUGAGAAUCUAAGUGUUUCUCAGUUGGAGAACUAUGACAAUCAAAAGUCCAACUUAGCCUCCAUAAUUGUGAGAAACAAGGAACCUGAGCUAUACAAAAAUGGAUGUACUCAGAGAAUUCGUGCACUUGAAAGAAACUUGUUGACUGAGAACCUGCCUACUUUGGGAUAUGUAGACGAUCAACAUUCCCUCAUAAACAAUGAGCUGAUUAUUGAGACAAGUGAUAAGCAUGAAGAAAAACGUCCCAUACCUUCUCCUAAGUCCAAAAACAUUAACAUUACAAAGAAAUUUCCUGGAGGAGAACCAAAGAAACCUAUGAAGGUCCGUACUGUACGAAGAAGAAGGACUAGGUUUGGUAAAGCCAAAGGUAAUCUACACAGGUCUCAUGCUGGUCAGCCCAUGAAACCCUGUCACUUUUCUUCCGUUCCUUCACAUUGCAAAACAUACUCAGUCAAUGGGAACAUUAGAUCACUGUCUUCUGUCAAGGCUGGCAAUGUGAGUAAUGUGAAAAACUCUAGUGGCCUGGAUGAAAAAAUGCAGCAUAAGGGUAGCUUUAAUGAUGAUGAAAUCAUUUGCGAAUGGAAAAGAAAUGUGAAAUCGCAGAGUAGGGAUGGCCCUUCUACCUCAUUUGUGUCUCCUUGUGAUCAGCUCAUUAAACCUUUGGAGACAUCUUCUGCAGUUAACCGUGGCAUUGUUUAUUCAUUUGCUUUACGUGGUACUGUUAAAUCUGGUGAAGAUGGAUCAAAGAUAGCUGAAAAUGAAGCUAAGAUGAAGCCAUUGCCUCGAUUGGAUCCAGGAUUGACAUUAAUUAGAAGGGGUGCGGAUCCUGUAUCUGGAUCAACUAAUUUUUCUGUGAGUGUUAAGGCAGUUACUAAAUCCAGACAUGUUCCGGAUGCUUUUGACAAGGACAAGGAGCUGAGAAAUAAGCCUGCAUUGGUACAACCAGAAGGUGAUGCCAUAGAAAAUUCAAUGGUUACAUGCUCUGAGAUGAGCCCUGAGAUGCUUAAUGAAUCACCUGUACUUUCUGACUCCAAAGAUGCCAAAUUAUCUAUAGAAACUAAUGAAUCUCCUUCUAAAUCAGAUAGCAGUAAGUUUCUUAAAUACACUUUCCAGAGGAAGCGCAAGAAAGAGUCCAUGAACAACUCUGAUGUGCACACUUCUCCUGAAAAGAGCAUUGUGAAGAGGAGGGCUGCAGAGAAACAAAAUGAUGCACUGGAGCCUCAGAAAUCUAGCUUGAUCAAUGAAUCUUCUAGAGACAGUAGGCGACUGGCUCAGGUUGCCCGCCAGCUCAUAUCUUUGUCCGGUAGAAGAUGGUGACCGUGAAGCUGAUUGUCGGACAUCAUGAGCAAUCAAAGGUCCCAAACAACUCACCUCUUCAGGUUCUUGAGAAAACGCCUUAACCCGACACGCAACUGCAAGCUGCAUAAUACGAGAGAGAAAAUAUAACCAGUAAAUGCAUCUACAUUUCACUUGGAAAUUUCCUCCAUUUCCGUUACAUUCUGAUAUAUUAUCUGCCUGAUAUAUUAUCUGCCGAGUUGAUCUUCCUAGUUAGAAAAUUUAUAUAAUCUGUGAUAGUUUCUAGUUGGCUUGGUUAGAUUGGCCAACAAUUAGAAUAGAAAGUAGAAAGUAGAAACCCCAAUAAUUAUGUAAUAACCAGUUUAAAAUGGCGGCAUUAUGUUUAUAUAACUCUAGAUGAGGCUUUAGAGGUUUA